AUAGGUUUUUGUUUCCCAUUAUAAAUAGCGUCCUUUCACUUGCUAUCUCACCAUGUAUAUCCAAAACAACAGAAUGGUCUCUAUUGAGUUAUCAAACGAGCUGAUUCCAGGUUUACCUGAGGAACUUGGACUCGAGUGUUUGACUCGGUUUCAUUAUUCUACUCAGCGAAUCGCAGCCCUUGUUUGCCGACGAUGGCAACAAAUUAUCCAAAGCAGACACUUCUACUAUCUAAGGAAGCGAACCGGACAUACCCAGAAAGCGGUUUGCUUAAUUCAAUUGCGUACCGGUGGCUUCGAUUCUGAUGGGUCUAAGCCAGUAGGACAACCCAGAUACGGUAUCACUGUUUUUGAUCCAGUUGGUGGGAUCUGGGGUCGAGUUGAUCCGGUUCCGAAGUACCCUUACGGGCUUCCUUUGUUUUGCCAGAUGACAAGCACCGAAGGAAAGCUUGUGGUGAUGGGUGGAUGGGACCCCUCAAGUUAUGAUCCAGUGAGGGACGUCUUCAUAUACGAUUUCACAACUCAGAGGUGGAGACAAGGUAAGCAGAUGCCAGGUACACGAUCAUUCUUCGCGGCUGGUGGGUUCGAAGGACGUGUUGUCGUGGCAGGAGGUCAUGAUGAGAACAAGAACGCUUUAAAUACAACAUGGGAAUACGACACUAAGCGUGAUGAAUGGACCGAGUUGACUAUGAUGAGUCAAGAGCGAGACGAGUGUCACGGGAUGGUGAUCGGGUCGGAAUUCUGGGUGGUGAGCGGUUAUAGAACGGAUAAUCAAGGAGGAUUUGAGGAGAGUGCCGAGUUGAUGGAUUUGAGGACAGGUCAAUGGAGUCGAGUUGAGGAAGUUUGGAAGGCGAGCCAGAGUCCUAGGUCUUGCGUAGGAGUCGGGAAAGAUAACACACUCUUCUUCUGGGGCUACCGUGGUUCGAGAAUACGGGUGGGAGCAUGUGCAGUCCCGUUGGGGGAAUGUACAUUUGUAUCUGGAUCAGCUUACCAGGGCGGACAACAAGAGUUCUUUUUAGUCGACAGACACGAAGAAAAAUUCAAGAGCAUCCAUGUUCCCGUCCAGUUUUCUGGGUUUGUACAAUCUGGUUGUUCUGUGGACAUCUAAUUCUAAGUCUAGAUGUAAACGUAUAACUGAACUCUUUUAAGUUUAUAGCCAUCCAUUGUGAACUAGGCAUGUUGAUGAGUGUACCAUGCU